AUGAUCUUGUACUUCACCUGGGUUCACUCUGCCGACUUCGAAGACACCGUCCACACCGUCUGGCGCGGUAGCGCGCAUCGCAUUGUAGUAUUUGGUAAUGAUUGGUCCGACACUGGAAGCUACCGCGUCUCGUCGCCUGUAUUGUCUGCGGUCGUUGCCCGCGAUGCUGACCGAGGCGAUUUGUGGGUAGAGACUUUAUGCAAAGAGCUCGCGUGUGAUACUAUUGACAACUUCGCGCACUCCAAGCCGGCUGCCGCUGCACAUAUCGGAUCGUUGGUUGACGUAGAUGUUCACUCGGAAGCGAAAGGCGCCGGGAGCAACGAGACCACCGUAACUCCAUUCGACUUCAAGACACAGGUGGAACAGUACAUCACCUACGACAAAGGACGUCGAGUUAUCCCUCAAAGUCUGCGAAAAGGGGACGAGUGGACUUUCUUCACCGUCUUCUUCGGCUUGUGGGAUCUUUUGGAGUACUCUACACUGGAAAAGGCUGCCGCCAUGUCUGCUGUGGACAAGAGCAUUGCAUCGCUGUUUCUGAAUCUUGAUGUACUCGCCGAACAUACUGCAAAUCCGCCGAAAGUCGUCAUGCCGAAGAUGAUCGACGCUAGCUUCCUACCUCAGUUCCAGCUGCAGAAGAAAGCGAUGCGGGAAGCCGACUUUGCGGUGACUCAGCACCGAAUGGUGUUUUUGUGGUCAUAUUGGGAUACUGUUUUGGUUCGGACUGCAUCCCAGUGGAACAAAGGUGCUGUCUACAUGCCUGGGCCGAAUGAUUUGAUCAUGGAGGAAGUUCGCGCCAAACAGCUACAUUCGAGACAGAUCUCAGAUGCAGCUGGUGUCGGUAAACAAGCCCCUCUUUUCGAACAGAUUGAACGACCAUGUCUCGUGCCGCAACGAAGUGGUGCAGCAGAUUUACAAACAUCCGACGUGCAGAAGUGCUCCGUUCCAGCCGCACACUUAUUCUGGGAUAACGUCCAACUCAGCGGUCCUGCCCAUGAGCUAAUCGGAAAGCAAGCCGCUAGCCUCGUACGGGGAAAUCAAACUGUCAAUGAGCGCGAGAUGCAAAGCUCCGACAACAACGAAAAACCUAAGGAACAAGAGGGACAGAACUUCAACCUGAAAUUCCCUCCAGGUUUCUAG